AUGGUAGGCUGUGGAAGCAGGCCGCCACCGACGCCUUGGGAGCGGCAUGCCAAGUCUCUGCAGCAAAGACACGUCGAAGAUGAUGCCGAGGGUCCGCAAUUGCUCUUCCCCAUGUACACGGUUCCUGCAGCAGCGUUACUGGAGAUGGUCGAAGUAAAGCCGCACGAGGAGUUGCUGUCCAGCGGAGUGGUUAUGGAACACGAUGAAGCCAACGGGCACGUGGCUUUCGUCUCCCACCAAUGGGUUGGGAAGGGCCAUCCCGAUCCCAGCUUCGAGCAGUUUAAAGUCCUUCAGGAGGUCUGCAGAGAUCUUCUGUCCCAGACGUCUUACGUCCACGUUGAUACUGUGACGUGCCUCAUGAGGCCACUGCAAUCAGGCUUCUAUUCCCAAGCCUUGCAGAGCAGGCCCUUAUUCGUGUGGUACGAUUAUUUCUCUGUUCCGCAGAGCCCGGCAGCAGCUGCGAAACAGCGUCAAGCCAUUGACUGCAUCCCGGCCUUUAUCGCCCGGUGUCGCUUCUUCUUUGCCCUGUGCCCAGUCAUCGAGAGUGCCGCGCUUUCGGAAGUACUUUCGCCUUUCACGUGGGUGCAAAGAGGUUGGUGUAGACUAGAGAAAGUUCUUCAUCAACUCACAGCUGAAGACGGGUCCUGGAUCAUCAUCAAGAGCAGGAAGCACCUGGAGGUGAUGCCCACGGUUUCGGUUUCGGUCGGCAGUGAGAGCGUUGGCGAGGGCACCUUCACAGAUUCCAAAGACCGUGUUCAGCUGGGACCAGUUUUGAAAACAGCCCUCAGGACCAAGUUGGUUGCUUUAAUGAGGGAUGGAAACAUUGUGGCGUUUCGCACGCUGUUGAACAUGCAGGCGAUUUAUCUCAGGGGCUUGAAUGUAAAACCUGCUGCUGACCUGGUUCCCGGUGUUACGCUCGGUACAGAUGUGUUUCCUGAGCGGCUUCUGGCGGAGAGCUUCCUGUUGCAGAACGGUUUUCGGGAACUGGAUGAAGUGGAUGGCGCUGGCUGGUCGCCCUUGGCCUACGCCGCCCUCGGAGGCGAUCCGGAGGUGAUCCAGGCAUUGUUGCAGAAGAGGGCCGACCCCUCCACAAGGACUCGUGCCGCCAAUGCCUACAUCAAUGUGCCCGGAAAUGCUUCCGUGGUCAGCAUCGCUGCUUUCUACAGCAACAACGCAGCUCUGGAG